AUGCCCGUGCUCUUCUCUCCGACGUUCGCGCUACCCAUCGAUAGCUCAAGCGGCGACGGCGCCGGCAGUGCAGGCGAUUACGGCGGUACUGGAAGCGGGCAUUCGGGAGGCUCGAAUGGCGACAAGGACGCGGGCAAUGACCGCGCUGCAGGCUCGCUACCCACGCGAAGCUGUAAGGUUUCUGUGUGGACGCGAACGAGCGGCGGGGACGCGACGUCUCUCACGGGUUCGGUGCCCGAGGUCGCAGACUGGCUGCUCCUACGUGUAUGCGCCGUCGUUCGUGCUUGCCACGCAUUUAGACAGACGCACGGAGAGAUCAGGAAGAGACAAGCACAAGCACGGUCUGGACCGACGGUGGCAGUUGACGCCGUCGUUGGUGAGGUCAUGCGCCUGCAAGGUGGGAGAGCCUCCGAGGCGUCUCUGCAGGACGACGCGAGACCUGCGACGAACCAAAACCAAGCAAAAAGACAGCCGCAGAGCAAGGGACGAAUCCGUCUGCUCGAGUUCCGUCGCCUCACCCAGGCUCACCGGCGUUCGGGAGAUAGGCGUCGGAGCCUGACGCUCUCCCCCAGUUCAGUUCUCCAGCAGGGACGCGAGCGCCGGGCCAGAUGCAGUUAUGCGGCGGCCCGGGGCGACGCUGCCUGCUUUGAGUCGCCGGAGGUUUUGCGAGCGACCCUCGUCGGAAGAGAGGGCGACCAGAACGGCAGGACAGCAGGGACACACACGCGCCCUCUCAAGAAAGGGGAGCAGCGCAAGACCGUCCGGCAAGCUGUGUACAAUGGAAGACGCUACAGCAAGCGAUCGAUGGCUACCUCAGCCGGGAAACACAUCGAUAGCGCAGCGCAGGCAGCGUCGUGUCGCGUUCAGAACACACGCACCGUUCGGGUGCCCGACAUGGCCGACCGUCAGGCUAACCGAGUGGGGUCGCAGGCGAUGUCGCGGCAAGCAGUUGGCCAGUUAUCUCCAUACGCGCACGUCUCCUGUAUCUACAACGUCCAUGCACCCGUCGUGCCGACUUCACAAGAUUUUAAUCUCACCUCAAUACACCGACACGGGCUAGCGCACGCCGCACGCCGCACGCCCACCCGCGCGUGA